AUGGUUCCUAAGAAGGGAGGCAAGCUGAGGUUCUGUGCGGACUACAGGCGGCUGAAUGAGGUAACCAGGAAGGACUCAUACCCCUUACCUCGUAUCGAUGAGUCACUGGACCUGGUUAGGGGGUCCUCCUGGUUCUCCUCACUAGACCUCCGUAGUGGCUACUGGCAGCUACGUUUGAUAGACAGGGUGCUGGAUGGCAUUCCCCGACAGCAGUGUCUGGUUUACCUUGAUGACACCCUGGCCCAUGGCAGCUCUUUCCAGUCAGCCCUGGGGCCUACGGUGUGUGCUGAAGCGGGCUCUUUCCAGUCUGCCCUGGGGGCGCUACGGUAUGGGGCAUUUCACUGUGUCUUCAUCUUUGGUCCUGGCACUAGACUUUACGUUACUGGCAAGCAUGUAAAAGAACCAAAAGUGACGGCCUAUCAAGCGCCCAAGAGCCAAACAAAUAAGAGGACCACCCUGCUGUGUCAGGCCAGUGACAUGUUCCCAGACUUGGUGAGGUUUUCAUGGAAGAUGGAGAGAGAAGACGGCCGGUUGGUGGAGGUGCCUGAAGCAGAGAGAGAAGAGCUGGAGCAGAGGGAGGACGGGAGAGUGACUAGUGUGAUCAUCAUCAAGAACCAAGAGGCUAAAACAAAAAAGUACAGCUGUACUGUAAAGCAUGAACUGACUUUAUAUGAAGUUAAAGUUGACGACAUUCCAAAAAUACACAAACAAGAGGAAUCUUCUUUUACCACGGCUGCCUCUGCACCAACCUGUCCACCCCAGAAUCAUACACACGUCUCUCCUGCCGUCCUCGUCCUUGAUGAACUGUUGCAGUCCAUGUGCAGUGUGAACUUGGCCUCUCUGGUUUACACUGUGAUGAUAGUGAAGAGCUUGGUGUACUGCUGUGGGCUCUCCCUCCUGCUGCUCCUCAGGGACAAGAAGGGAAGUCCACCCCACACCUGGAGAAAAGCUCAUUAAAACCUACAGGCACUGUUCAGUAAUAUUGCAUUACUACUACUGCAGAUUUAUCCAUAUCUUGCCUGAUGUCGCAUAGCAUAGAGUGGAUGUGGGAUAUGAAGAAAUGGGUAGACAUGAAUAAUUGUGCACGUUGAGUAGCCUUCUGGCAUUAUUUUCUGUUGGACAAAAAUGAUGUCCACUCUGUCAAGUGGCAUCCAGUGGGGUCUGGACAAAAAUAUGUUGUGGGAACAAAGUGUUAGAGCCUGGAUGGAGGUAUUAGGAAACAGUAGUGUUAGUCUAAAUUGUUUAAGUUUAUGUUUCUGUCUUCUUUUUAUUUAUAUUUUUUUUACAAAUACAUUUUGUUACAGCUUCAUGGGCUAUUUUGUGUAGUGCAAUUUUUUUGUAUGCAUGUAUAUUUGUCUUUUAUAUUUUAAUACUAAAACAAAUACUAUUUCAAUUGAAUUAAUGAAUCAAUGACUUAACAUGUUAAUUAACAGAUGAAAAUUCAGUAAAUCUUU